ACGUCUUCUGCUUAUGCAGUGAACGGCUGGGAACGCGUUUACAGUUUAGAGGGGCUUGUUUCAAUCAUGGCUGAUGUCUCUCCCGCUUCUGGCUCCGUCUGUAUCUUCCGCAACGCGCGCUUCUCUUGAUUUCUCUCUCUGCUUCUUUCCGCGAUUGUGUUACAUUAGCUCUCCAUUUCCAGAGCUUUCAUUGCCCUAGCGUUCUCUUUUACACCUGAUUUCUGAAAAAGAACCAACAAAAUUCCUUCUCAAUUAUUGUUUACUUCUUCCGAUCACCUUUCUCGUGCGUGCGGUUGGAUUUUAUUCUUCGCAGCUUCUCCUUCCUUUUUUAUGUUGUCCAUCCCCAGUGCUUUCGUUGUCCUGGUGUUUUCUCUCGAAUCACCUCAGAGAGUUGAAAGUCAUCCAAUCUGCGUUGAGUUCGGAUGGAGAUAGAUUCCCUGGCUUUCUCUGUUCGAAGUCCGUGAAUGCACUGUCUGUCUAUCCAAUUUAAGGAGAGAGAUUGGAAGCCUGUGAAGCCUCUCACCAUGUUCUUUAUUAGCACCCUGCUAAAAGACGUUUUGGUGCUUACUUCGAUAAAAUCCGAAGGUUAUUAAGAUGGACAGCUCGGAAAUAUAGAUUUGGAAAUUCCAAGUUCUAAGUGAAUUCAAACUUCGUAACUCAGUAAUAAUUUGAAGGUUUCGAGCUGCCUGAUUCUUUGAUUGUUCAUUGUAGAGGCCGGACGAAAUGGCUUUUGAUUUAAGUUCCGUUUUUCCGAAACUGCAACUGCUAAUGACUUCUGAUCAUGCUUCCGUGGUCUCCAUGAACCUAUUUGUGGCGCUCCUGUGUGCUUGUAUUGUCAUUGGCCAUCUUCUUGAGGAGAACCGAUGGAUGAACGAGUCCAUCACCGCCCUUUUGAUUGGUCUUUGCACCGGCGUAGUCAUUUUGCUGAUAAGGGGCGGUCAAAGCUCCCAUCUUCUUGUUUUCAGCGAAGAUCUUUUCUUUAUAUACCUUCUGCCACCUAUCAUAUUUAACGCCGGCUUUCAGGUGAAAAAGAAGCAGUUUUUCGUAAAUUUCAUCACUAUUGUGCUGUUUGGUGCUGUUGGUACAUUAAUAUCUUGUACCAUCAUAACUUUUGGCGUUACACAAGUUUUUAGGAAGAUGGGCAUUGGUCCACUUGAGAUUGGGGAUUAUCUAGCAAUUGGUGCAAUAUUUGCCGCAACAGAUUCUGUGUGCACAUUGCAGGUGUUAAAUCAGGACGAGACACCUUUACUCUACAGCCUUGUGUUUGGAGAGGGUGUCGUGAACGAUGCUACAUCUGUUGUGCUUUUCAAUGCAAUUCAAAGCUUUGACCUCAACCAACUAGACUCCGGAAUUGCUUUAAACUUUCUUGGCAACUUUCUGUACCUGUUUAUUGCAAGCACAUUGCUCGGUGUUUUGACUGGUCUGCUUAGUGCUUAUAUUAUUAAAAAGCUAUAUAUUGGCAGGCACUCCACGGAUCGUGAAGUCGCUCUAAUGAUGCUGAUGGCUUACCUUUCCUACAUGCUGGCUGAAUUAUGCUAUCUGAGUGGUAUCCUCACUGUAUUCUUCUGUGGGAUUGUAAUGUCCCAUUAUACUUGGCAUAACGUGACUGAGAGUUCCAGAGUCACUACGAAGCAUGCUUUUGCAACCUUGUCGUUUGUUGCUGAGACAUUUAUCUUCCUUUAUGUUGGUAUAGAUGCCCUGGACAUUGACAAAUGGAGGUUCGUUAGUGAUAGCCCAGGAAAAUCAAUAGCAGUGAGCUCAGUGUUGUUGGGUCUAGUACUCACUGGAAGAGCAGCUUUUGUUUUCCCCCUGUCCUUCCUGUCCAACUUGGCUAAAAAGUCGCCAAAUGAGAAAAUCAACUUUAGGCAACAAGUGAUCAUAUGGUGGGCUGGUCUGAUGAGAGGUUCUGUUUCAAUGGCACUUGCGUAUAAUCAGUUCACCAUGUCGGGUCAUACCCAACUGCGAUCCCAUGCUAUGAUGAUCACUAGCACAAUCACAGUUGUGCUCUUCAGCACAGUGGUCUUCGGUUUAAUGACUAAGCCACUCAUAAGGUAUUUGCUGCCUAAUAUUAAACACACAAGCAGCGUGGUCACAACGGAAUCAUCUACUCCAAAAUCUUUUACCGUGCCACUUCUUGGGGCUUCCCAAGAUUCCGAACUUGAUAUUGAUGGAAAUGCACUCAUUCGUCCAAGUAGCAUCCGUUUAUUACUCACCACUCCUACGCACACAGUCCAUCGCUACUGGCGCAAGUUUGAUGACGCAUUCAUGCGCCCCGUUUUUGGGGGCAGGGGCUUUGUUCCUGUGGAGCCUGGCUCGCCUACCCAACGAAACGGCCAUCAGUGGCAAUGAGAGUAAAGCCAAGUAACAUGUAAAAUAUAUCGUGUGCUGUGUAAAUUUUGCGGAGAUCCUAUAUUGCAUGUAUUAAAUUAAUUCUUUUUGAGCACCUGUGUAGAGAUAAGGUUGUGUACCAUAGGUGACGUCUCCUUGAAGAGCCAGAAUAUUGUAAAUCAGAUUCUCUGGCGCAUCGCAUUGCCUUAAAUUUUUGGCGUUGAAAUGAAAUGAGUUUUUUUGAUAUCAAAA